AUGGUUUCCAUGAUUCUCAGCCUAUUUCUAAUCCUGAUGUUUGGGGGUCUGGUUCAUGGCGGCCCCAUGAUAGAACCGCAUCCCAACAUCACGGACCAGGAGCUGUUCUGGGGAGCCGAUCAGUACGACUUUGCCGUGGUUCUCCGGGCGUCGGGAAUGGAGUGUUUUUGGCACUUUGCUCACCGAGGAGAGACUUUCUACCUGAACUACAUGGUGAGGAGAAACACUCAGACUUGAAGUCGUCUCCUUGAACAUUUGGGACUUUUUAAUUUACUCUAAAAAAGUGGUUUUGAAUCUUUAGGUAUUUUCCUACAGCUGAGCAGAUCGAAGGUAAAAAUGAAAUGAUAGUUUGUACAGAUAAAAAAGUAUUCCUUUUGAUUCCUUUGUAGCUAAUGCAAAAGUCUUUUUACACAUAAUGUAAGUGUCAUAAAGAAGGAACAGCAUGAUCAUGAUAAUCGUCUGAUCUUAGUUCGACUUAUAGACCAUUCAAGCCAACAGGUCUAACUGGUCCAACAGCAUAGCAGUGAAAGCAUUUACUCCUCUGAGUAUUGUCAUUGUCCUCAUCAUGAUAUACACUCACCGGCCACUUUAUUAGGUACACCUGUCCAACUGCUCGUUAACACUUAAUUUCUAAUCAGCCAAUCACAUGGUGGCAACUUAGUGCAUUUAGGCAUGUAGACAUGGUCAAGACAAUCUCCUGCAGUUCAAACCGAGCAUCAGUAUGGGGAAGAAAGGUGAUUUGAGUGACUUUGAACGUGGCAUGGUUGUUGGUGCCAGAAGGGCUGGUCUGAGUAUUUCAGAAACUGCUGAUCUACUGGGAUUUUCACGCACAACCAUCUCUAGGGUUUACAGAGAAUGGUCCGAAAAAGAAAAAAUAUCCAGUGAGCGGCAGUUCUGUGGGCGGAAAUGCCUUGUUGAUGCCAGAGGUCAGAGGAGAAUGGCCAGACUGGUUCGAGCUGAUAGAAAGGCAACAGUGACUCAAAUAACCACCCGUUACAACCAAGGUAGGCAGAAGAGCAUCUCUGAACGCACAGUACGUCGAACUUUGAGGCAGAUGGGCUACAGCAGCAGAAGACCACGCCGGGUGCCACUCCUUUCAGCUAAGAACAGGAAACUGAGGCUACAAUUUGCACAAGCUCAUCGAAAUUGGACAAUAGAAGAUUGGAAAAACGUUGCCUGGUCUGAUGAGUCUCGAUUUCUGCUGCGACAUUCGGAUGGUAGGGUCAGAAUUUGGCGUCAACAACAUGAAAGCAUGGAUCCAUCCUGCCUUGUAUCAACGGUUCAGGCUGGUGGUGGUGGUGUCAUGGUGUGGGGAAUAUUUUCUUAGCACUCUUUGGGCCCCUUGGUACCAAUUGAGCAUCGUUGCAAUGCCACAGCCUACCUGAGUAUUGUUGCUGACCAUGUCCAUCCCUUUAUGACCACAAUGUACCCAACUUCUGAUGGCUACUUUCAGCAGGAUAAUGCGCCAUGUCAUAAAGCUGGAAUCAUCUCAGACUGGUUUCUUGAACAUGACAAUGAGUUCACUGUACUCAAAUGGCCUCCACAGUCACCAGAUCUCAAUCCAAUAGAGCAUCUUUGGGAUGUGGUGGAACGGGAGAUUCGCAUCAUGGAUGUGCAGCCGACAAAUCUGCGGCAACUGUGUGAUGCCAUCAUGUCAAUAUGGACCAAGCUCUCUGAGGAAUGCUUCCAGCACCUUGUUGAAUCUAUGCCACGAAGAAUUGAGGCAGUUCUGAAGGCAAAAGGGGGUCCAACACGUUACUAGCAUGGUGUACCUAAUAAAGUGGCCGGUGAGUGUAUGUACUCCGCUCUGCUCAUCUACCUGUAAAUACUGUCACAUAAUACUUUCAUUCCUGGCUUUAUAUUUUAAUUUUUACAGGCACCACUGCUGUUUUUUACUUUCAGUUGGAAAGCACAAUAGUGUUUCAUUCUGUAUUUGGGGAAAUGCGAAGUGUAAAUACUGCUGUAUGUAUUUCUUUUAUAAUUUUUCUUUAACGUCAUUUCUUGAUGUGCGUCUUCUUAUAUCCCAUAAUGUUUUGGCUCAGUAGGAAAAAGCUGCUGUAACACCACAAUCUCAAUAAAGUGAUUCUGAUUUAUAAUGGAGGAGGAGUUGUGUUAUAAAUGAUCAGACUGAGGCUAAAGGUUGAAGCAGCUGGAAAGCAGGCAGGUCCACAGCAGCAGGACAUCGAGAUGAUGAUGAUGAUGAUGAUGGCGAUGAUGACGAUGAUGACGAUGGAGCUCAGGGACUCCCAGAAGAGACCGGAUCAGUGACUCUAAAGUCCUCGUGUUCUGAGGAUUAAGUGUUGAUAAAAUGGUCGUCCUGGUUGGCUUUCAUAUUACAUAUUCUGUCCACCUGUGUGUCUGUAGGUCCAGUGGGUGACGGGUGUCGGCCAUGACAGACACCUGUCAGUAUACGUCAACGCCCCCAGCGGUCUGUUGGUGUCCAAUGUGGAUGACGCACAGGGUCAGAUCAACUUUGAGGCAAAAGAGACAGGUCUGUCUGUCUGUUUUCUGUCUUCACCAUAAUGUGUCCACAGGGAGGCGCCAAAACCGACAUGCACUGAAAGGUUCUCACAGCUGGUUUAAAGCCCCCAUGAGGAACUCUAGGUUUGUGUUGAUUUUGGCGCCCCCUGCAGACAAAGUUCCUCCUCUUUUCUCUUUGGUCUUUCUUUUAACGAUCAGGUGUGUCACCUGCUGCGGAUGAUUACUGAGGAACAAGUCAAACGCCCGGUGUGACAUCAACCCCUCACCUUAUUUACAAACAUUAAUAUGAGAUUAUCUCAGUUUUCAGUCUCGUCUCUGUGGGUUUCUUUGCUUUUUUAGAUCAGAAAAAGACUGUCAGUCCGUUUACGAUCACCUGAAAGACCUUACGGAAGCUCUACACUCAACAUUUGAUAUUUUUCCUCUCCUUGUUUCUUUUUCCAGGUUUCUAUCAGAUGUGUUUCAGCAACUUCCACAACCGCUUCGGCACCAUGCAGGUCUUUCUCAGCUUCGGCGUUUACUACGACAGCUUUCAGGACCCCGCCAAGCAGCAGGAGGAGGAGAAGAAGAGGAAAGAGGAAGUCAGGAAAGACCUGAACAACACACUGAACAUCAUCGAGGUUCACCACACACACACACACACACAGUCGGGUUUCUGACAGUAUAUCAUUUGUCUGGAUAAUACUCGUUAUGUUUUCCAGGAAUCGAGUCACAAAGUGGAGAGCCACGUCUUCCACAUAUUUCGCUUCUACACUUUCGGCCGUAUGAGGAAGAGCGCUGACUACUAUCUGCUCCGGUCCAAUUCACAGUACAUCAGCUGGUGGUCUACAGCCCUCAGCCUCCUCAUCGUCACCUCGGGGUACCUGCAGCUCCUCUUCCUCAAGAGACUCUUUGUCAGCGGGACGGGCAGCGAGGAGGAGAAACCCCGCUGCUGA